UUUCGUUUUUCCGUUGUUUGAGCAUUCAUCGCGUCAUCGGCCCAUCCCGCACGAACACGCACAAUGACGACAGUGACGGAGGCCGUCCUCGUGUGCCUCCUCUUGUUUGUGGUCCCCCACCACACAGUCGACGCGCAGGAGACAGACGACACCAUCAACGUGUCCGCGCUGAACGCCGACUGUGCCUACGGCAACCAUCGUCUCUACUGCACUGCAUGGGGCAGGCCCACCUUCCUCCACACCACCGUCAUCGAGAGCAAAGGGGCCACCAUGUCGUGUGCAAGCAUUGUGGAGCGCGAGGACCGCUGCUAUGCGGGGAUCAAGGCCGACACCGACCGAUGCUGCCUUGUCGAGAGGGCAGAGGAGCGGGAGCUGGGCCGAACGGGCAUUUGUGGGUGCUCUGGGGACUUCCCCACCAACGCAGACGAGGAGGGGCAGGCGUAUGCGUCGUUCCAAUCACACUCGCCCAAGAACAGCAAGUGCCUGUACAGCUGGGCAAAAGACCACUCCCUCCGACCAUGCAAGACCGAUGACCCCAAACAGCAGUGGAGACUUAUAUCGGUACGCACAUCAUGACCAUUCCUCUCCCUCUCUCUCUCCCGGUCUCCCCUCCUGCUUCUGGCUUCCAGAUACACGACCGUUUCGACGCUCCUGCCUACAAGAUAGUCAGCGGCACGGGCGAGGGCGCCAAGUGCCUCUACAACGACUUCGGCUCGCCAACCGUCAAGAAGUGUGACAAGAGCAGCGCGUCCCUCUGGCACGUCAGCAGCCUUGUCAGCGAGGCGGCAGGCACUGUAGUGGGCGGGGCGGGCUUCUACCAGUUCAAGAGCGUGCGGCAGGGGGCGUGCUUGCAGGCGACGUCGGACGACGUCAAGCUGCGGUCCUGCGACGGGGCCAACCAGAGCCAGUGGUGGAUGCUGUUUGAGGUGGAGGGGCCGGAGAAGCCCAAAGGAGAGGCGUCGGAGUUCUUGGGAAUCGCUUGAUUGCUUCACAGACUGAUUGUUUGGUCUAUGACCCUUGCUCUUCCCUUACCUUCCUGCCUGCCUGCCUGCCCCGCCCACCUGUCUGCUUGUAUGUUUGUUUGUUGUUUGUGUGGGGACAUCGAUCGCAUUCAUUCACAUCACAUCAAUCGAAUCGCUGGUUCCUACCC